GUUUGGAUUUAUUCUUCAUAAGGAUGAGCCUGUGCUCCAGAAAAUUGAUCUAGAAACUAUGUCGUACAUCAAGACAAUUAGUUUAAAGGAUUAUAAUUGCAUUCCUCAGUCACUGGCUUAUACACAUCUUGGAGGAUUUUUUUUUAUCUGCUGUAAGCCUGAUACCACUGGGGCUGUCCUACCACAGCUUAUAGUGGAUAGCGUUACUGAUUCUGUGAUUGGAUACAAUGGCGACGUAACAGGCACACCACAUAUGUCUCCAGAUGGACACUACCUUGUCAGCAUUGAUGAUGCAAAAGGUCUCAUGAGGAUCCAGUCCAUAACAAUGAGAGGAGAAAUACAGGAUGCAUUUGACAUUCACACUAAUUUGCACAUAUCUGAUGUAGCUUUUCAGCCAUCUUUCACUGAAGCUCAUCAAUACAAUAUCUACUGUAGCUCCAGCACACAAACUGAUGUUCUUUUUGUGGAGCUCUCCUCUGGCAAGGUUAAGAUGGUGAAGAGUCUGAAGGAGCCUGUCAAGGCAGGCGAAUGGCCUUGGAACAGUAAGAACCGUCUUAUAAAAGACAGUGGCCUUUUCGGUCAGUAUCUCAUGACCCCUUCCAAGGAAUCUCUGUUUAUCCUGGAUGGACGGCUCAAUAAGUUAAAUUGUGAAAUCACUGAAGUUGAGAGAGGCAACACAGUAAUUUGGGUUGGAGAAGCAUAA